UUUUAUUUCCGUUGUGGUCAUGGCGCCUCCUGGAGGAAUAAUGUCACAUUCUCUUACUCCAUAGUCCACAACCAACAUGGCUUCCUCGGUCAGGAUGAAGACGUGGAGCUAUCCGGGUAGAGGACUUUUCUGUCCAUGGGCGCUCAUUUCACUUGUAUUAUUCUUCGUUAUUAAUGUAGUGGACGGAGCUCCGGAGACUGGAGUAUGGAAAAUGACAUUAGGAAACACGUCAAGACCUCUGCUGUUAAAGAAGUCCAUGUAUAAAGACACUGAUAUUAAACUAAAAGUUGUGGCAUUUGGCUGUCCUGAGGAAGUGAUCUUCACUGUUCACUGGUAUUUAAAAUAUUACCCCUGUCACAAUGAGUUCAUCAACAUAGAGGAAAUGUAUGACAGGACACCUCUGAGUCGUGGAGAGAGUCUGGAUCCGAAUCCCCUUGGACAAGGAGAGUACAUUGAACAUGUGUACAGUCGUGUAACGUGUAACAGUGCACUGCGUUCUUUCCCUGUGCUCAAGAAAGCCAAAGCAGAGCCCCGUAAAGUUGUCCCACCUGUCGAAGGCAAAGAGCUGACGGAGAAUGACACUCGAUGGAUUACAGAGGAAGUGGAGAACAGCAACAUAAAGAAGAAUGGCAGCGUUAACAUUGAAGACAAUGUCAUUGCUACAACAUGGAGGGAUGGGCCUUAUCUCCUUGUGGUCAAGAUUGUGCCCCACAAGCAGGAUGUUUACUGGAAUUUGACAGUCAAUGUGGUGAUGAAAGGCAGCCAUGGCUACAUUUCUGUCACAGAAUGGCCUCUCAUGAUUUUCUUUAUGGUGAUGUGCAUCAUGUACAUCUUGUAUGGACUGCUGUGGUUCGCCUGGGCUGCGUGCUACUGGAAAGAUCUGCUGAGGAUCCAGUUCUGGAUAGCAGGGGUCAUAUUCCUGGGGAUGGUUGAGAUGGCUGUGUUCUGUGCUGAAUACGAAAACACCAAUGCUGUCGGCUCUGCCACUUCAGGCUUGUUGAUCUUUGCUGAACUGGUCUCUGCCCUCAAGAGGACUUUGGCACGGCUCCUCGUCAUAAUCGUCAGUCUUGGCUAUGGCAUUGUGAAGCCUCGUCUUGGGACAGUGAUGCACAGAGUAGUGGGGCUUGGUGUCCUCUACUUUGCCUUUGCAAGUAUUGAAGGUAUUCUGAGGAUCACUGGGGCGAAAGACUCUGACUUGGCCCUCCUGGCCAACAUUCCUCUGGCUCUGCUUGACUCCUCUCUUUGCUGGUGGAUCUUUGUGAGCCUGGCACAAACCAUCAAGACUCUGAAGCUAAGGAGAAAUCCUGUCAAGUUGUCUCUUUACAGGCAUUUUACAAACACACUGAUAUUUGCAGUGAUUGCCUCAGUCAUUUUUAUGGGUUGGGCAGCCAAGAAAUUCCGUCUUGCAGAUUGCCAGUCUGAUUGGACUGAGCUGUGGGUGGAGGAUGCUUUCUGGAGGUUCUUGUUCUCCAUCAUUCUUCUUGUCAUCAUGUUCUUAUGGCGACCAUCUGCUAACAACCAAAGGUACGCCUUCACACCCCUUAUCGAUGACUCCGACGAUGAGGAAAUAGAAGAGUUUGUCGCCUCUACAAACAUCUCUGAUGGUAUAAAGUUGAGAGCAAGUAAAAAUGAGACAAAUGGCACAGUAAAGCCAGCAGACACACACCCAGAGGAUGACAUGAAGUGGGUGGAGGACAACAUUCCCAGCUCUCUUAGUGAUGUAGCUUUACCAGUCCUGCUCGACUCAGAUGAGGAAAUCAUGACUACCAAAUAUGAGAUGUCAAAGCUGGAGUGAAGCACAUCUUCCAUGGACUUCACAAUCUGAUGGAGGCAGAAGCCCAGUACGUGUCUCUAACUAUGGGCUUUCUUCAGGAUUUCCAGUUGGACAGUGGUGGAAUGCCUUGUGGAUUUUUUUUCUUGAGGAGACCCUCCUAAAUGAGACUGCUUCUUUCCCAGGCGAUGCUUGUCACAGAGUAAGAGGUUGACUGUUAACUUCCUCAACUUAAAACAAAAACAAAACACAGAACUUUACCAAAAGACGUUGUUGUCUUUUCAAUGACCAAGUAGUUUUAGUAAUUUUAGUUUUAAGAUCAGUUUCCAGACUUUUUUAUCCAAAGAGAAUUAAUCACUUUGUUUUACUCUUAUUUAUUUUUCUUAUGUUGAUGUGAAAUUAAUCAAAUAAUUAAGGACCACAUGCAUGGACAGUUUAAAGUAUUUUUUAAGGUUAUACAGUACAUAUAAAAAGAUGGUUAGAGAUAAACGCCUAUUAAGCAUGGUUUAAUUAAAAAAACAAACAUUAUUUCUCAUAGUUAACACUAGGUUAGAUUUAUAAAAAGAAGAAAACGGUUUGAGAUAAAAGUGUUGAGAGAUUAAUUAGAAACUGAUUAUUUAUUCAUAGAUACAUUUACUCAAAGUUAUUUAUUUUAUUUUACAGUCUUGGGAAUCUGAGGAGACGUAAAUGCAUAACGUUGAGUAGAAUAUUUUCUCACCUGCACUUUGAUGGUCAAAGUUGUGCCUACACGUAUUUGUUUUUCUUGGGCCUAACUUGUUAACAUUGGUUUUUGUCACUGCAUCUUCAGUAUUGAUGUGUGAAGGCAUUCAAAUUGAGAUAGGUUGGAAAGUGGAACCUUAUACAGGUUGAACAUAGAUCAGGAUUAGGAUUAAUGUGGCACAAUUUGGGAUUUUCCGUCAUGUUGUGUAAUCUACUGUAUUGUGUACGCGUGUUUGCUGAAGUAUGUGGGUUUGUAAAUCAGAAAUGAGGAGCAAUAUAGUUUAUGUUUAUGUUAUUAUUUAUUUGAUUUUAUUUUCCAAGUGUACUUAUGCUUUGUUGAGGUGUGUGUUUACCGUUGUCUGUUUACAGCUCGUGCCUCUGUUUUGUUUCUUUCUUUUUAUGAUCUGGAGCUUCAAAUCUUAAUAUGUUUAUUGUGGGGGUUUUUUGGGGGCGGCGGGGUUUGAAUAUGUCCCAUCUUAGUCUCUGUAGUUUUGGAGUCUGAACACAGUCUGCUCCUUUUCUCAUAAGGUCUUAAAUGGAGUCUUCGGUUUAUACUGUCACUCUCCUGUUAUUGGAAACCUAGAAUAAUUGUGUUUACGAUGGAUUGGGUCCUCUCUUAUAUAAAGCUGCAGACACCUGCAGUGGAACUCUGAUUGUUUGUACAGAUGGGUUAUGGCUCAUUCCUGUUAUUUCCUUGAUUCCAGAGCUGGAGUGGUGUCUGGAUAAUAUAGACUUUUUUCUUUUUUUUUAAAUCUUCAUGAACGUCAUGAAUAACUUGACAUUAUUGUUCCUUUUCUCUCUUCCUUCUCAGGAAGUGUGUCAACUCUGAUAAUAUGAAUCCAGGGCAGUGUUUGUUUUCUUGUCAGUGAUUUCAAGUGUUCAUAGACAAUAAAAAAGCGACACACACUG